GAGGCUCUGGAACAGCCUGCCCGAGGAAAUCAGGUCAGCUGAGUCAGUGAACUCUUUUAAGUCCCUUCUUAAAACCUUUCCCGAUCUUGUUUGACUUUAUUUUAUCCUUUUUAUUGAGCUCAACACAGACACGGCUAAUCUUUGGGUGUCCCCCACUAUGAAAAUAGUUUUGGAAACUUCUCUUAUUAAAUGAGCAUUUAAAUUCAGGUUAGUCAACCUAUUUAGAAACAUUUAGCUACAGGCAUAAGAACCUCUUAACAGGAAACUAAGACACAACUCCCUCUCAGAAUAUUUCAGCAAUGUUCAAUGACGUGGGUAGGGCCAGGUUUCAUGACACAACACCAGCACACCAGAAAGUGUUUCCUCUCUGUCCAGGUAGAAGUCAUCAGACUCUACACAUAGUCAAAUACUAGAAAACUUUAGUUAUUAGCCACAAAAUCUGUUCACAUUUUCAUCUGAACUGAAGAUUGGGAGAGUGAAGCCAUGGCAAGGAAGGGUUUGUUUGGUUCCUGGUUCUGUGUGCUGGUGGUGUGUUUCCUGGUCUGGCCCGGUCUGGCCCAGGUCCCAGAGCCAGCGCAGUGCCUCGUGUCCGGAAUCUACAAUCUGGUCCGGCUGCCAGAGAGUAAGGACGGGGAGAGCUGCCGGCUGAAUUGCUUUGCAGAGCCUGACUGCCACAUGGCCGUGGUGGCCAGACCUCUCACAGGCCCAGGUCAGUGUCUGCUGGUCAACUGCCUGAACCAGAGCCAAUACUCAUACCCCCGAGAUCCCAGUGCAGAGAUCAGGGUUUACCCCAAGACCACCACUUGCAAUGAUCUCAAGAAAGGCGCACAUGAAGUAGCUGAGGAGAGAUUUCGCUGUUAUGACCUGAUGAAUUACAGCAGCUGUCAGUCGGGGGUUCCCAGAUUCUUCUACAACAGCACCAGUUUCAGGUGCGAGCGCUUCUACGGGGGCUGCGGGUCCAACAGGAACACGUUUGAUACCCAGGAGGGGUGUGAAGCCCUCUGCAAUGAAAAGUUCCGUUGUUAUCGGCCCAUGCUGUAUGGUGCAUGCAGAUUGAACAUGACCAAAUUCUUCUACAACCAGUCGAGUCAGCGGUGUGAGAGAUUUACCUUCAGCGGCUGUGGCUCUAAUGGAAACAUCUUUUCGACUGUGGACGAGUGUGAAAUGCUCUGUGGUGAUGUUAAAGAUUCAACAGCCACUGUUCCUACAGAGACGACAGAAGAACCUGAAUCUACGGAAACAGAUUCUACAGACACUGUUUCUGAAGAGACAGCCCCUACCUUUGUUAUUCUGGCCAUUUCCAUCUUGGCGCUUGUGGCCCUCGUCGUCGUCGCCAUCAUACAGCGCUGCAGACGGUCUCAGAGUCCACCUCCCGACAGUGAAAGGAGGCAGUUGCUUUGAAAUCCAGAUGAGCUAUCUUUUUUGGAGUCUGCGUCUGUCGAGGCGGGUCAUUAAAGGGAACUCUGGUGAUGUUUUGCAAUUUUGUUCUUUGUCCAAAAAAGGCUCAGUAAUUUCCUAAAACAGUGGUUCAUUGAAGUGUCUACCAAACAAACAGGCGGAAGUGCAUUUAUUGGGUACUACUUUCAGAAUCCACAUGUGACUCACUGAUGUGUUUUAGCUCUAAAAGUCCAGACUGAAGUGUAUCAGGAUGAACUGUAAUAACUUUGUUGAUCCUCUGACUUUCCGUCUAGCGCCACCAUCAGUGUCCAACAUUUUAUUUACGAAUACCUUCAGGACUAAUGACAUUCCCAUCAGCUUCAGCUGUGUUUACUGCUAAUGAGCUAAUGUUGGCAUGCUAACAUGCUAAACUAAUAUAGUGAACAUGGUAAACAUCUUCGGGCGCUUCACCCUCACUGCUUGUUUGUUACUGAGUUUAGACUUUGACAAAGUUUAUCAACGAAAAAAUCAACGCUUCUGAAUAAUUUACAUCUUUUAUCUAAAUUAUGGUGGACCCUCUCAUAAUUUUGACUUGAAUUAUUAAUUAAUUAAAUAAUUUCAUUUUAGGUUGACUAUGUAACAACUGUCCAGGGACUACAGAUGAAGAAUAGUCUUUUGGCUGAUUUUCUUCAGUGUUUUAUUACCGUGCACUGUCCCUUCUAAAUGAAACUGAUUAAAUAAAUAAAAAUAUUCAUUAUUAUUAUUAUUUUAUUAAUUUUUUUGAUCAUUAUUUGAUAACACAUUCUCGCUCCCAACUUGUCACAUAUGGACAUUGGCGUUGUUUUUUAACGAGUUGGGCUCCACAGUCAAGUUAGCAAGAAUAAAUAUGCAACGUUCAGUUAGACUUUCAAAAUAAAACUAGUGGUUAACGUUGUGAAACGUCACAAUUUGGUUAGAUUUUGGAAAAGAUUGUGGUUUGGGUUAAAACAACCACGUUACUUAUGUCAGUUAACUUAUGUAAAGCUACGCUACGUAACUAAAAAGAAUCUAUGUUGGGAGUGAGAAUGCUUUUGUGAUUCUGUAUUUGGGUAAAAUUAAGGGAUUUCCUUUUAAUAAAUGUUUUCCUCUGGGUUUAGUUGGCUUUUCAAACCACAUCUGAUUAAUAUUAUUUUUAUUCUUCCUCUGUGAAGUGUCAGCUCUUGUAUUGGUGAAGCUGCUGUUUCAAUCAUUCCUACACAGGUGAUCUACUGAAGUAUUUAUAGAUUUAGUCAUGGCUUUCUAUUAUGGAUCACUUAUUGACUCUUGAAUUGUCAGUGUUGUUGUGUGAUUUUAAGGUUCUUAUGUAUGAUUCAUCAGUCAGAAUAAAAUUUGUGAAUCUUUGAACUGGUUGUUUUUAUUGUUUUACUUUUUUACUUUGUUAAAUAAUUAAUAUUAAAACAACGUUUAUUUCAUUAACAUUUUUCAUUUGAUGAUUAAAACUUGACAUGAA